ACAACCAAGAAACAGUGGCACGAGGACCCCACUAUAGUAAACAUGGCUUAUAGCUUUUUCUUAGAGAAAGUAUUAUUAUAGUUGAUAAUAAUGUUUAGUUGCAUAUGCACUUACGUCACCAUGCAUGUACCCUCAUUACGUUUCAUGUAACAGUCAAAGUACUGAACAAAGAGAAUACAAGUUUUUCCUCUAAUGACAUCCUUAAAUUACAUACCAUGUUGACUACUACUUUCCUAUAUAUAAACAUGUCUCUAUGACUAUAAUCUUCAAUAGAGAAAAAACAGAUACAACUUUUCACAUCACUUGUGACCCAAACAAUGUCAAAAACAACACAUAUAGCUGUUAUUCCAAGUCCUGGUUUUACCCACUUAGUCCCAAUAGUAGAAUUCACCAAAAGAUUAGUCACAAACCACCCAAACUUUCACAUCACUUGCAUCAUUCCCUCACUUGGGUCACUAUCAGAUUCAUCAAAAUCAUAUCUUGAAACAAUUCCACCAACCAUAAACUCAAUCUUUCUUCCACCAAUCAACAAACAAGCUACACUACCAUCAAUUCAUCAAGCUUUAAAAUCAUUGACUUCAAAAGCACCUUUGGUUGCCAUAAUUGCUGAUUAUUUUGCAUUCGAAGCACUAGAUUUUGCAAAAGAGUUCAAUUCUCUGUCUUUUCUUUACUUCCCUUGUUCAGCUUUUGCACUUUCACUUGUUUUACACUUUCCAAAACUUGAUCAAGAGGUUUCAUAUGAAUACAAAGAUUUACAAGAACCUAUAAAGUUACCAGGGUGUGUACCAAUCAAUGGUAUUGAUCUUCCAACACCAACACAAAAUAGGUCAAGUGAAGCUUACAAAAUGUUUCUUCAACGUGCAAAAGGUUUGUUUUUUGUUGAUGGAAUUCUCUUUAAUAGCUUCUUUGAAUUGGAAUCAAGUGUUAUAAAAGCAUUGGAACAAAAGGGUCAUGGAAAAAUCAGUUUUUUUCCUGUGGGACCCAUUACACAAAUAGGGUCAUCUAGUAGUAAUGAUGUUGAUGAUGAGUUUGAAUGUUUGAAAUGGUUGAAAAACCAACCACAAAAUUCUGUUUUGUAUGUUUCUUUUGGAAGUGGUGGAAGACUCUCUCAGAGGCAAAUCAAUGAGCUAGCUUUUGGUUUGGAGUUGAGUGGUCAAAGAUUCAUUUGGGUUGUGAGAGCACCAAGGGAUUCAGUUAAUGCUGCUUAUCUUGAAGCUACAAAUGAAGAUCCUUUGAGAUUUCUUCCACAUGGAUUUUUGGAAAGAACCAAAGAAAAAGGUUUGAUUUUGUCAUCAUGGGCACCUCAAGUUGAAAUACUUAAGCAAAAUUCAGUUGGUGGAUUUUUAAGUCAUUGUGGCUGGAAUUCGAUUUUGGAGAGUAUACAAGAGGGGGUGCCGAUAGUAGCUUGGCCUUUGUUUGCAGAACAAGCAAUGAAUGCUGUUAUGUUGAGUGAUGGUCUUAAUGUGGCAAUAAGGUUGAAAUUUGAAGAUGAUGAGAUUGUGGAAAAGGAGGAAAUUGCAAAGGUGAUUAAGUGUGUGAUGGAAGGGGAAGAAGGGAAGGGAAUGCGGGAAAGAAUGAAGAAAUUAAAAGAUUCUGCUGUUAAUGCACUGAAAUUUGAUGGUUUUUCAAUACAGACUCUAUCUCAGUUGACUAGGAAAUUAGAAAGUUUUGGUAGGAUUUAGGAGUGGCUUGUGUCUAUAAUUGUUAAGAAAACCUAUAGUGAAAACUUCAAUUGAGAUGUGUUUCAUUCCUUUCUUAUAUGGUAUUACACUACAAGAAAAGUUGUAUGUAGUCAGGGGAUUUAGUCAGGGGCUUUACCUCAGACAAAAAAAAUAACGCUGUUUGAGGUAAAGCCUCUCGCAAACAUAUAUAUUUACUAACUUUUUUUGAAAUUAAUACUUUAAAUGUAGUUUAUAAAUAUAAAUAAUAUAAUUUAUGUUUAUUAUUAAAAAUAAAUUUAUGUUUAAUAUAUUUUUAUGUGUGUUAGUAAAUAUUAUAAUAUU